CCUCAAGGGUGGUUUGUGGAAUUUACCCCUUUUUUUAUUUUUUAUUUUUUCUCUUGGAACCAGAUUUGGGGAAAUUGGAUUAGGAUUUUAGGGUUUCUUCGUUGAUUUUCGAUUCCGCCAUUGAAGGCAAAGAAAUCAAAUCCAUCACAGUACAACACAGCUACAAAUCUCAAUGGGGAAGAACGAGUUCCUAACCCCAAAAGCGAUCGCGAAUCGGAUCAAAGCGAAAGGGCUCCAGAAGCUCCGAUGGUACUGCCAGAUGUGCCAGAAGCAAUGUCGCGACGAGAACGGUUUCAAGUGCCACUGUAUGAGCGAGAGCCACCAGCGUCAGAUGGAGGUCUUCGGCCAAAACCCGACCCGAAUCGUCGAAGGAUACUCCGAAGAAUUCGAAAGCACUUUCUUGGACCACAUGAAGCGUAGCCACCGGUUCAGUCGCAUCGCCGCCACCGUCGUUUACAACGAGUACAUCAACGAUCGCCACCACGUCCACAUGAACUCGACCGAGUGGGCCACACUCACUGAGUUCGUCAAGUAUCUCGGUCGAACCGGCAAGUGUAAGGUCGAGGAAACCCCUAAAGGUUGGUUCAUUACGUAUAUAGAUAGAGAUUCGGAGACUUUGUUCAAAGAGAGAUUGAAAAAUAAGCGAAUCAAGGCCGAUUUGGCUGAGGAAGAGAAGCAAGAGAGAGAGAUUCAGAAACAGAUCGAGAAAGCCGCGGAGUUAUUCACCGAGCCUCCGAAGCCUCUCGAGGCUGAACCUGUUAGGGAAUUGAAACCCGAAGCUGGUGUCAAGAUCGGUUUGAAGCUCGCAUCGUCGAAUUUGAAGCCGAAAGAGAGGGGAGAGGGUUCGAAAUUGGUUUUUGAUGAAAUGGAAACCGAUAGCAAAGCCAGUGUGGCGAAGACUACGAAUAAUAAUAAUAAUAAGUCGGUUUUGGGGGAGAUGAUGAGGGAGGAGGAGAUGAAGAAGGAGAGGAUUAAUAGGAAGGACUAUUGGUUGUGUGAGGGAAUUGUUGUUAAGGUUAUGAGCAAAGCUUUGGCCGAGAAGGGUUACUAUAAGCAAAAAGGGGUUGUGAAGAAAGUGAUUGAUAAGUAUGUUGGGGAAAUUGAGAUGCUUGAGAGUAAGCAUGUGUUGAGAGUUGAUCAGUUGGAGCUCGAGACUGUGAUUCCGCAAAUUGGGGGACUCGUGAAGAUUGUGAAUGGGGCGUAUCGUGGCGCGAUUGCCAAGUUGUUGGGGGUUGAUACGGAGAAGUUUUGCGCCAAGGUGCAGAUAGAGAAGGGUGCUUAUGUUGGUAGAGUGCUUAAAGCUGUUGAGUAUGAGGAUAUUUGUAAACUUGCCCAGAGCAACUCCGCGAAAGGGAGCAGGCUGUACAUGAGUUGGAAAGGAAGAUGGAAGAGAAAGAUAGGGAGCUGGAUGCAAUCAAAUUGGACAAUAAAGCGGUUUGUUGAGUGCUUGCUUACUUUUGAUAUAUUCUCUAUGCUGACGAAUGACCUAUUUUGAUAAACUCUGAAAUUACUAAUAUUGAUUGGGUUGACUGGGCAGGCCUGGGCUAAAGAGGACCUUCUUAGAGAACAAAAUAAAGAACUAGCACCCUUCAGAAGAGAGUGCGAUCAUUCUGAAGUUGAAAGAGCCCAACAUAUAAAACAGAUGCAUGAUCUUCAAGAACGUAUUCAAGAAAAAGAGAGAAAACUUAUUGAGUUGCAGGAUCAGCAUAGGGUGGCUCAAGAAACCAUUCUUUAUAAAGAUGAAUAGUUGAGGGAAACCCAAGCUUGGAUUGCACGUGUCCAGGAGAUGGAUGUCUUACAAUCAAAUACAAACCAUUCAUUACAGGCUGAAUUGCGAGAACGAACUGAACAAUAUAACCAGCUGUGGCUUGGUUGUCAAAGACAGUUUGCAGAGAUGGAAAGACUUCAUAUGCAUACGAUACAACAGCUUCAACUUGAGCUGGCCGAUGCACGAGAAAGGAGUGGAACAUAUAGUGACGAGUCACGUAUAUCCCAAACAAAUUCAAAGGAUGUAUCUCAGUUUGGACAAAGCAAUGGAAACCAGCUAGAUGCAAAUGGAGGAGGUGGCACAUCAGGCGGAAAUUCUGGGGUCCUUCCAAAUGGGAAUUCUGACAAUGUCUCAUCUUUUGCUUCAACUGGCAAUGCACCAGCCCAGCCCGAUCAUGUUCCUGGUGUUCCAAUUGCUCCAUCCUCUCUGCUCGGAAUGCCUACAUACCUUCCACCUGGACAAAUGACUGCUUUGCAUCCAUAUGUUAUGCAUCAACAAGGGGUUCCCCAUUCUUUGCCAUCACAUGUUACUCAAUCUCAUAUUAUUAUUAUUAUUAUUAGAUCACAUGUAUUCUAUAAAGGUGUCAUUCGACCUAUAUAUUGGGCUGGGGCAUGGAUUUGCAUGUAUAAUAAAUUACAUGGGUUUUAACUUCUAUCCAUAAUCCCAAAAUUGUGUAUUAAUAUUUUUAUUCAAAAAUAUGUUGAUUUUC